AUGUAUUCGUCGGCUCUUCCUUGGGUUUUCGAUGAACUCGAGCAGGCGUUUCUCGAAACCAGUGGUUUCUAUUUGAGCCGACAGAAUCACCGUCACUCAUACACCAAAGCCGAGAUCGAUUGUCUGGAGGCACCAGCUUGGGAUUCAUUUCAUGAAGGUGACGGGCAGAUAAGACUCGAAGGCCAAGAUCCAACCCUGGUCGAGAAGACGCUUGAGUUCCUCUACACGGGCAACUAUACGUACGACCCACCAGAAGACGCGGAGAUGGAACCACUGUCAGAGGGAGAGAUAGAACUUUUUUCAGGGAAGGAGGGACAAACAAGCAUUGCAAAUCCACGGACCGGGAGGGCCUGCUUCCACGCGCAGAUGUAUGCCCAGGGCGACUAUUUCCAAAUUAAUGCUCUCAAGUGGAAGGCGAAGGAGUACUUCAAGGAGCACUUCAUGGAGUCCUUGAGGUUUCUUCCUCGAGAUUCGUACACCGCUGCUGUCAUUGAAGUGUACAGUUCCACAGCGGAGAAUGAUCGGGGACUCAGAGAUCUUGUCGUGCAACUUACAACCAAUAACCUGCCACUUCUGAGAGAGGUGGAUCCUAUACUGGACAGCAAUCUCUUGGAGGGUGUUCCCAGCUUCAUGCGUGAUAUUUGCCUUUCUGCGGUGGAGAGGUGUGUUCAGCUUCAAAGAGACCACGGAGACUGGUGCUCCUAG